AUCCUUUCACCUGAUGGUGGCAGCUCAGAUUUGGGCCACUUUCACCUGCUGCGUGAACAUAGCUAUAGCUUCCAUGUUGCAGAGUGGUUGUGGCGGAGUCACGUGCGGUAGUAAGUUUUUAAGGGGACAGUACAUAAACACACAGAGUGGGGAAGGAUUAGCAGAAUUAAAAAAAAACAUCAAAAUGACCGUCAUGGGCAAGAUUACGUCGGUUAGAGGUUCUGAAUGUUGGUUUCGAUUACUUUUCAAUUAAUUGCCCAGCCCUACUACCAAGUAAGGUGGCUUAUCAGCUGCUUUAUCAAUUUGGCCAUUUUAGGCUUGUAUUUAAUAGUUGCAAACAGUGAUUAAGAAAAGACAAUUAAAUAUAUAUUUGACAGUUAAUCGUUAGCUAAAAUUUCAUGAUCUUGACAGCCUGUAACUCCGCCCAUAGAGUAAAAUGUUGACGUAAAAAAGUGGGACAGCAUUUUUGAAUAAAGAUUUUUUAAUUAAAAAUUAAACUUGUGUAAAUAUUUACUUUAAAAUAAGAGGGAUCUUUUUUUAAAUGCAGUAUUGAAAAUAAAUUGUAGAAAAGUUUAAAUAUUUUCGCAAUGUGAGUUUUAAAUAGUAGGUUUAAAUAAAUCCUAGCAUAAUCCUUGUAAUUAAUGUCUGAAAAACAUGUUUUUUAACUAGUUUUUACUGUGGGACCACAGUUGGAACUAAUUUUAAGAAUGGUCCAUAUAUGGAACUAUAUUCAUAUCAACCUCAAAUACUUUGUUGUGCAAAUGUUUAUUUGAAUGGCAAAAAUGGUUAAAAUGCCCAGUCCUAAUGUAGAGCCCCAUGGGUAACACCAGCAGUGGAAAACUUGCUAAUGGUUGGAUAGCACUGGCAGUGUCUGAUUCUGAAUGUGGAAAAACACAGGAAGAUGGACAUGGACAUGGCAGUUAUGUGUCACUGAUCUUCCAGGAACAGCUAUUCAUCACUCCAGCGAUUGUGUGACCUCGACCAACCCUUUUUGACUUGUUCCAAGAACGGUCUGUCUUUUACUCAGGGCAAAGGCACUUCAACCAGCUCUUAAUCUAAGGCUGUAAAAUGUGCUUUCGCCUUCCCUGGGUGUCCAGUUUGCCGGUAGUCAUGGUGAUGUGCUUUGUGUGUGUGUGUGUGCGCGUGUGUGAGCCUGCAGCGUUGGCUUAAGUCUUUCACCAGUGUAGGCACGUCCACAAGCGCUAGAAGGCUUCGCUCUCCCCCGACUGCGUAAUGAGUGGUUAAUUAGAGGAUUAAGUCCACUGCUCUCGGAACAACAACUGAUCCAAAUCCCGAUCAGCAAAGCACAGCAGAGAGGACUCUCUAAGGCAGCUCUAAAUUCCUGUCGCAUGCUGAGUUGAACAUAAUGGCAACGUAAGAACAAUGUUGGUGUGUAAAUGUUGAGUUUGGGCUUUGCUGCAGUGGCUGUUUCGGCUUCCUUCUUGGUUCUUCACUAACCGUUCAGUUGGUGACCUCAUUCUGUGAAGUCCAAAAUGAAUGGCUAUGCUGCCCCCAACUACCCUUCCGGAGGCUUCAGUUCCUACUCCUCCCAGCUGAAUGGCCACGGCUCCCCGUCACCAGAGCUCCCAGAAUGCAGUGCCAACAAGUCCAGCGCAAAGGCCCUCUAUGAGCAACGAAAGAGCUACACUAAAAACAGCAUUAACAGCAUGACGGACACAUCACAGUACCAUGUUGAACAUCUAACAACGUUUGUCAUGGAUCGCAAGGAUGCCAUGAUCACCAUAGAAGACGGUAUCCGUAAACUGCGUUUGCUUGAUGCAAAAGGGAAGGUGUGGACACAGGACAUGCUGCUGCAGGUGGAUGAAAAAGCAGUCAGCCUCAUUGAUCCUGAUACCAAGAAUGAGCUGGAGAAUUUCCCGCUGGCUACAGUGCAGCACUGCCAGGCCAUCGUGAACUCCUGCAAUUAUGACUCCAUCUUGGCACUGGUGUGUAAAGAGUCUGGACAGGGCAAACCAGACCUGCACCUCUUCCAAUGUGAUGACAUUAAGGCAAAUUUGAUACAUGCAGACAUUGACAGUGCUAUCAGUGACCACAAGGGAGGAAAGGUCAAAAAGAGGCCAGAGACCCUGAAAAUGAUUCUGAAAAGCGAUGGGGCCAUUCCACCUCCCCCUGGCGGCCCCGCCCCUGAGCCCCCAGCCACUAUCAAUCAAGUGGAUGUAAAGAGCAGAGUGGCUGCUUGGUCAGCUUGGGCAAAUGAGCAGCAAGACUAUGAUAAACAAAGGCCAUACGGUGAACAGGAUGAAUCUCCGGAGAUGACAGCAGCGCGAAUAGACAGAGAUGUGCAAAUCCUGAACCACAUUCUGGAUGACAUCGAGUACUUUGUGACCAAACUUCAAAAAGCUGCAGAGGCAUUUAAUGAACUCUCCAAGAGGAAGAAAUCGAAAAAGAGCAAAAAGAAGGGGCCAGGAGAGGGAAUGUUAACACUACGGGCCAAGCCACCAGGACAGGAGGAGUUUGUUGACUGCUUUCAGAAAUUUAAACAUGCCUUCAACUUGCUGGGAAAGUUGAAGAACCACAUUCAGAACCCGAGUGCUGUGGAUCUGGUUCACUUCCUCUUUACACCACUCAGAAUGGUGAUUCACACAUCAGGAGGGGUAGACCUGGCAAAGAGUGUACUGGUUCCACUCCUUACCAGAGAGGCCAUAGACUUUCUGCACUCUGCAGGCACUCCUGAAGAGCGCCACCUUUGGGUCACUCUGGGAGAUGGAUGGACCAAAUGCAGGCUGGAGUGGCCUAAGGACCAUUACUUCCCUCCUCACACACUACGUUUCCGGGAUGGUUGGGAGCCGCCUGUGUUGGUAUCUCGGGAGCAGGACCUGACGCAGCUGGCCGAAACGCUGGCUCAGGCAGAGAUCCACAGGCAGGAGGAGGUGAGCCGCAGACUCCACCAUGAGCAGGCCAGCGUGCAGGAUUUCCCCUCAGCAGACGGAAACUUUGAUGCCCAUGCUAGAGGCCAGCCAAGAAAUUUUGCCAAAUCUAAAUAUGACUUUGUGGCAAGGAAUAACACAGAACUCUCUGUGGUUAAGGACGAAGUGGUGGAGGUUCUGGAUGACAGGAAACAGUGGUGGAAGGUUCAAAAUGGAGUUGGGGCUACAGGAUAUGUGCCAAACAACAUCCUUGAGAUCAGCAGGGCAGUUGACGUGACUGGACGCGGGGAGCCAAUUUACAGCCACACAAUUCAGAAGCAGAGAACAGACUACGUCCCGAAACCUGUAACGACAGCCAUCCCUCCAGCCCCAACGCCACCUCCUCCAGCUCCUGCACUGGUGCAGCUGCCCACUCCCCCACUGCCCCCUGCGGCUGUCCCUCUAGCCGCCGAGCCUCAGAGGAACUCGCCCUCUAACGUCAGCCGCCAGAACAGCAGUAACUCCAGUGACAAUGGCAGCGUCACCAUGAGGGAGCACCAGAAAGAACGCGCUGCUCCCACUAACCGGCGCAAGUCGAACAUGGAGGAGGUUCAGGAUGAGCUGAUGCACAGGCUGACUCUGGGUCGCAGCGCUCAGAAGAAGUUCCAGGCUCCGCCACGCAGCACCAGCCUCCCCGCCGUCAACAUCACCUACGACUCCAGCCCCGAGGAGGUCAAAGCCUGGCUGCAGGCCAAGGGCUUCAGCGCUGUAACUGUGAACAGUCUGGGGGUGCUGACCGGAGCUCAGCUCUUCUCCCUCAACAAGGACGAGCUGAAGACUGUGUGUCCAGAUGAUGGAGCCAGGGUCUACAGCCAGGUCACCGUCCAGAAGGCUGCCCUUGAGAGGAGCUCUGGCUCAGAGCUGCAGGAGAUCAUGAGGAGGAGGCAGGAGAAACUAGCGGCGGCAGCCAGUGACUCGGGGGUGGAGUCCUUUGACGAGGGCAGCAACCACUGACCCCUCCUCCCCUCUCGCUCUCUUUCAUCCUUCUCACAUUGUCCUUUUCUAGGACGCAUCCGAGCGUGCCCAGUUUGCAGCCAUCAUGCGCCGCCGACAGGAGCUCCUGGACCCGCCGGACAAUGGAACCACCUCGGAUGUAGAUUGAAGUGCUUUCCGCUGUACUGUACUUGGUGAAAUGAAGGAGUACUGUAGGUGUAGAUUUUGUACACUACUUGCUACAUAGACCAAAACACUACUUGGAAGAUUUCAGUAGAUUAAAAAAAGAAGAAAAAAAAGAAGUCCGAAGAGCACAUAGUUGUAGAGCCAUCAAGUUAAGCAUUAAGUCAAUGUCUUCAGGCAUUAAUAUUAUAUUACAACAAAGUAAAUAUCCUGAAUAUUCAUUGUGUAGUCCUGCUGUAAUUUGUUUGACCAGGAAGAAUGCAGAGUGAAACUUUUUCAGACCAGUGGACUGGACUGUAUCGUCCCAGGAAGUAUUGUGACGUGUGCUUGCAAACAAGUUGAAGACUGAAGCUGUGAUAUGUUGACAAGGGCACAUUUAAAUGUUGUCUUACUCCAGUAGAUUUUCAAAAUUCACUACCUGUGAUACAUGAAGGAUGGAGGUAAAGAAGAGGAUUUGAUUUACUCAGAUUUUUAUAUGGACCUUCUUUCCUAGAAUGGUCGGAUUCUCCACUGUAAAUGUGAAUCAUCACAUUUGUGAGGUGGGUUAUCAGCUUGGAAUGUAGUUCUUCUAGAAUAUCGCUCUAGGAAUCAUAGAGUGGAGCCAACAGAGGCCAAUAAUGAGAAUAGGUGCGAUAUGACUGGGAAAAGAGCUGAUAGUUUAGAGACUAUCAUUGUGUAUGUUGGUUGUUUGCUUUCAGAGAGGAUAUUUAUGUAUAUGAUCAUUUCUAUUUAAGCAUAAUGCCAAAAGAUUAACUUUAUAUGACUCGUUGUUGAGAUGUAGAGCAGAAACAGAACGCAGAUGUGGCCACAUUAGAAUACACAUUUGUCCUUUAGCAGGCAGUCUCCCACCUUCAGCUGUAGAUUGUUUUCAGGGAAUUUUUCAUACUUGCCUCCACUGUAAAGCUUACAAAGACUGCGGUUAAAUUCUUCCAACACCUGCAUGAUUAAUCAUCUCUGUUUUUUAUUAUGAUUUCCAGCAAUAUUCUGUCAGAAUAAUUUUGUAAUUCUCUUCACCAUUUUGGACGUGCAUUAUUUGAUAUCCAACCACAAGCAUUUUGAUUUUAAAUGUUUACUUUCACAAUCAGAAGGGUUUCAUUCAUGUUUCUCGAAUGUAAGCUGAAUGUCACUUUGGAAGACUGGACUCUAUAAUAGAGAGAAUCAUUCAUAAUGACCUACAGUACGAAUUAUAAUGGUACCUAUUUGUAUGCAUUCACCUGUUUUCCCACUCUUGGUGUCUCAUGUAGCUCAAGUGCCAUGAUCAUCAAUGAAGUUCUUUUUUGCCCCAUACAUCUCCACGCCCACACUUAAACAGCAGUUGUCUUGUUACAUUUAAAAAUGGUGAAAGCCUUACAAAGGCUCUUUUGUUAAUUUAUCUGACAAGCCGUUUUCUCUCUGUGGGAAUCCACAGUUCAUGCUCCACUCCCUUUUCAGAUCUACUUUGUUUAGUCCCGCUAUGCUGUGUGAAAACAGUAUAUUUCACUACAUGCUUUGGCUAAAGGAUGGUCCUUCUUUCUUAGCUGAACGGGAAAUGGGUAACAGCUUCACCAAGGAGCAUGACGCUGAUAAUAUACAGAAUAAAUGGAUACAUAUGAACUCU